AUGGGAUGUGCUCCAUCCGGACCACAGCAGCACAAUCAAGCCCUUGACGAACGUUUCGCAAGUCCAGCACCGCUUAUGGUAAAAAUCGAUACUGGAGUGCGUCGUGGUGACAGUUUUCAGCAACAUAUUAUCUUCAUUUUUGGUGGGCCGGGGUCGCAGAAGGGCUUAGUGAUCGAAGAGCUGAUUCAUCGUUUCGGUUUCAUUUCGAUCACUGUCGAAGAAAUUAUCUUCAAUUGCCUGCCGAACAAAGUCUCUAAUAGUGUCGAAACGGCUGCAGAUAUUCAGCAAAUGCUCAAGAAUGACACGGGUACGCUGUCAAUGGAUUGGAUCUUUUCAAUGAUCAGCGCUAAAUUAGGCACAUCAAUACAUCAACGAUUUGUUGUUGAUAUUGUGCCGUCAAUAAGUUCUAUAUCGAAGGCGGAUAGUUUUUGUGAUUCGAACCAUGAGAGGUGUCUGGAGAAUUUCGAGCAACGGUAUCCGGUGAUGUUCGCCUUGGUGUUGGAGGUCUCGGAUGAGGUCGUUCUUAAGGAAAAAAACACCAGUGGUGCUAAAGAACAGAAUGGCACGAAGAAGAACGGUGCUCAUAACAAUCAGACUGAAAAGGAUAUCGAUCGGGGCGACCGAGGAAAGCUAGAGGUCGGUGAGGAUUUUCUCGAUAUGCGUUCUAGAUGUGCUUUUUCAUUCGUUAGCUUACCCGAAGCAAAACGUGCCAGCUCUACUUUUUAG